UAUUAUAUAUAUACCACAUACUACAAUAGAGAUGACUCUCUACUGGAGUGAUUGAGUUUUCUUUCCUUCUUCCGUAUUUUUGGGUUAUGUUCAACAACUAGUUUUAGUUUUGAAAAAAAUUGUGCAAAGUAUUGGAUAAUGUCCAAGUCAGGGCGUAUGAGAACGUUCAAAAAGAUGAUCGAAAAGGUUGAUCAUAGCUCCACAUUAAGAACCAAUGUUCUUGCUGGAUUAGCUUCUCCGGCUCCUCCUCUUGGUCCAAUGCUGGGGCAGAGAAACAUAAAUAUAGCGUCGUUCUGUAAAGAUUUCAAUGAAAGAACGGAAAAUAUUAAGGAAGGAAUUCCUCUACCGUGUAGAGUGAAAGUUAAAGGGAAUCGAUCUUAUGAUCUUGUCAUUCAUCAACCCCCGGCGGUAUACUUUCUGAAACAAGCUGCUGGAAUUCAGAAAGGAGCAAUGAACGGCGAGGAUAAAAUUGCUGGUAAGAUAACGCUGAAACACCUCUACGAAAUCGCUAAAAUAAAAUCGAAAGAUCCACCAUUGGCUCUUAUGACACUCCAACAAAUAACGCAAAUGUUGGUGGGCGUCGCUCGAACCUGUGGAAUUGAAAUCGUACGAGAUUUGGAUCCGGUUGAGUACGCAGAUUUUCUCGAAAAACGAGAAAUAGUAGUUGCGGAACAAGUGAAAUUAUUGCAGGAAGCCAAAGAAGCCAAAAUGUUGCGAACAACGUAGUACUACAAAAUUUAUUUUGUAAUGUAGUUUGGUUUUAAUGAUAAGCUUCAAUAAAUGUGGUUCUCCAUUGAACUACCGUGUACAAAGGACAAAACUGUAAAAACCGAAAAAGUAAAUUUUCGGAGCUUGCAGCUCGUUCUAAGAAUUAAAGUUGUAUUCAUUCUUCGAAUAAGGAAUAAUUCCCGCAAAUAAAUUUGAUUUUUUAAUAAGA